AAAAACCUUCACUAGUCCUGUGUCAUAUUUUGUCGGGGCUGUUUAAGAACACGUCAUUUUGGCCUAAUCCUAGCAUUCAGGCCGACCAGCAGCUGUUAAACUUCAAUUCACCUCGGUCGUAUAGGCUCACGUUGAGUUUCUGUAGUCGCGAAGCCUUUACUGCAGCGCCUAAAUUCUACAGUUGAUUUCCCCACUUACUGAAAGCUACUAUGGGUUUAUUUCUAAUCGUACUGUUGGUUGUGAUACUUCCAUGCGCCGUAGCAGCUCAUAGAUGGUGGCAUGAUCCUUAUCGUCGUAUGCCAGCGGGAGCUCGAAAACUUCCAGGACCAUGGAGCAUGUGGUUUAUUGGCCGUAUUCACGAUAUCCCAAAAGAAAGAACGUGGCUUGGGUUCUACAAAUGGGCGAAAGAAUCAGGCCCCAUCUACAAGCACGAACUCUUUGGCUCGACCCAUGUCUGGAUUUCCUCAGAGCAAAUCGCGAAGGACUUGCUUUCGAAACAAGGGUCCAUAUUUUCCGACCGGCCACUGAUAGAUAAUCUUCCUAUCAACAAGACGGGCGGAGAGUACCUCCCUCUCUUGGGGGAAAAUGAGAUCUGGAAGCACCAGCGGAAGUUUGGACAUCUUCUCAUGACAACAAGCUCAAAGAAUGCUCAAUACCACUAUCCGGUCAUUGAGACUAAGCGCCUCUUGUACAAGCUUCUCCUCGCGCCAGAGUCCUACAGAAGCCUCCUCGAGGACCACACCAGUCGGAAUAUCUCCCGUUUAGCGUGGGGCUCGCCAGAUUGUUAUCUGACUCUGCAACAAGUGACUAUGGCUCUGUUGAGUGUGAUUUCGCCAGCAGGCGCUCUCCCUAAUGUAAUCUCACCUCUCGCUGCACUCCCAGAAUGCCUAUCACCAUGGAAGAGGUACGAAAAGCAGCGAUAUGCCUUCGAGCGGGAGUUCUUCCUCAACCAGAUGUCGAAGGUCCGCAAAGAAUGGCUUGCAGGUACAGCCAAGCCAUCUUACAUGCGCCUGUUCCUUGAGUCGCAAGAGAAGUUUCAAACUAGCUACGUUGAAGGUGCUUACCAAGUCGGCAUGAUGGCUAUUGCUGGAGCCUUGACCAUAGCUAGUCCGAUGAUGAGUUUUGUUCUCGCGAUGGUUCAAUCACCUGAAUGGCUUGCGAAGACGCAGGAAGAACUCGAUCGGGUAUGUGGCGACAGAUUGCCUGCAAUGGCUGACAUGGAGAAUCUGCCCGUUUUGCGAGCCGUCGUGAAAGAGGUGCUGAGGUGGAGACCACCAGUUCCUACUGGAAUCCCACAUGCUUCGACUAAGGACUAUGUGUACCAAGGCUACUUCAUCCCCGCUGGCUCUACUAUCCACGCAUUUGAAUGGGGCCUCACCCGGGAACCAAGUAUUUACCCAAUGGCAAACACCUUCCUUCCUGACCGAUGGCUAAAUCCCUCUUACCCUACAUACCGCGAGCCUCUCACCAUCCACCCAAAACUCGAAGGGCACUCACAAUUUGGGUAUGGCCGCCGGACCUGUAUGGGAGUCGACAUCGUCAACCACGAGCUAUUUCUUGUUUGCGGUGCCAUCGCCUGGGCAUUCAACCUAAGGAAGAAAAUAGAUGAGAACGGACAGGAGAUCCCUCUCAAUGAUAUGGAAUACUCCAAUCUGCUGAUUUCCAAGCCAGCAAAAUUUUCGUUCGACUUGACCUUGAGGGACGCGAUGAAGGGAGAAAGCAUUGUCGCGAUGUGGGAAGCGGCCGAGAAGGAGGAUGGAAUUCAAAAUGAACCGAUUAAUGUAUAGUUCCUUUAUGUUCUCUUAUGUGGGUUGCCUGGUCCUAUAUGAUGGUUUAUUCGGGUUUGGGAGGAGUUACGGGCAUAUAUCAGAGGUCUUGUUCUAUAACCGUGCUUCGGAACAUGUAGG